CUAUUGAUUCGUUGGCUUGGACCAGAUUCUUCAAGGCAUGCCAAAACUAUAAGGACUUCAAUAGGUUCUGACCCUAGAUGGGGAGUAGAAAAAAUUUGGGACCGCCUAGACGAAAGAUUUGGUGCACCUGAGAUGGUCGAGGCUUCUAUCAAAAACAAGCUCAACUCCUUUCCGAGGCUUGGAAACAAAGAUAAUAAGAAAUUAUACGAGUUGGUGGAUAUCAUGAUCGAGAUAGAAGCAUUGAUGGGAAAUCCACGAUACUCAAUGCUACUCGCUUAUUUCAACACAUCAUCUGGCGUAUCUCCAAUUAUCAACAAAUUGCCAUAUAACCUUCAGGAAAAAUGGACCAUGAGAGCAGCCAACUACAAGAAACAACAUGAUGUUCCUUAUCCACCAUUCUCAUUUGUGUUAGACUUUGUGAAGGAAAUGAGCAAAAUUCGCAAUGAUCCAGCAUUCUUUCAAACAUUUGAAACUCACACAUCCAAAUCAAAUGCCUUUUCAUACUCCACUGGAAACCAGAAACCUGUCAUUGCUAGAAAGACAGAUGUGAAGGCCAAUGUAAGUUACAGUCCAGACAAAAUGUGUCCAGUGCACAUGAAACAACACUCACUGAACCAGUGCCGAGAAUUCUCACAAUGGGAUAUUAAGAAAAGAAGAGACUUUCUAAAAAGAAAAGGCAUUUGUUAUAAAUGCUGUGCAUCUACAACACAUUUGAUGAGAGACUGUAAACAAUCGGAGGAGUGCACCAAGUGCAGAAGCCAUCAGCAUCCAACUGCAUUACAUAUGGAAGGGAGGAACGCUACUGAACCCUUUUGCAGUCGUACACUUAAGGACAGUGCAGAAGUUACGAGUUCUCAUGGCGGGGAGAAGGCAAAAGAAGUUGUUGCGUCAUGCACCUCACUAUGUGGAGAGGAGUUCAAUGGACGAUCAUGUUCAAAGACUGUGCUCGUAAAGGUGUAUUUGGAGAAGGAACCCGAAAGAACUAUCACAACAUACGCUCUUUUGGAUGAACAUAGUAACAGGACCCUAGCGUCGUCAGAACUUUUGGAUCAGCUCUCUGUGGAGGGUUUUCAGGCUGCUUACACAUUGUCAACAUGUGCAGGUACCGAACAGAAAACAGGCAGACGAGCUACAGGAAUUAUGGUCAAAUCAAUGGAUGGGAUAAGCCGACAUACCUUACCAACCGUAAUUGAGUGUAACGAUAUUCCAAACAAUAUCUCCGAAAUUCCCACUCCAGAAGUAGCAAGGGCACAUCCUCAUUUGAGACAAAUCGCUUGUCAGCUUUAUCCUCUGGAUCCUAAGGCCAAAGUCCAGUUACUCAUUGGCCGUGAUUUGCUGGAAGUUCACCACGUUCAACAUCAAAUAACAGGUCCACAUGGAGCACCAUUUGCUCAAAGAUUGAGCUUAGGCUGGGUGAUAGUGGGAGAAGUUUGUAUCGGCAAGUUCCACAGAGACAAUAUCAGUGUAUUGAAAACCAAUUUACUAGUGAAUGGUAGGAGUACGAUUUUUAACCCAUGUGACUCGAAACUUGUUGUGCGUGAGCAUCCAGUUGAACCUUCCAUCGGAGAGACUCUUUUUGUUAAAACACAAAAUGACGAGAAGAUAGGGAUGUCUUACGAGGACCUCAAGUUCACAGAGUUGAUGGACUCAACUUUCAGAAAGGACUCCUCCGGAGUAUGGAUGGCACCUCUACCAUUCAAAAGUGAAAGGGCACGGCUUCCUAACAACAGACCACAAGUAUUGCAAAGAGCUCAACAACUGGAGUCAAAUCUCAAAAGGAAUCCCGAGAAACUGAACCACUUCAUUACCUUCAUGGAUAAGGUCUUCAGAAGCCAAGCAGCAGAACGGGCACCUGUUCUACAGGACGAUGAGAAAGAGCGAUGGUAUUUACCAAUCUUUGGGGUAUAUCAUCCCAAGAAACCCAACCAGAUCAGGGGAGUGUUUGAUUCCUCAGUAGUGUACAAAGGACUUUCUCUGAACAACGUGUUGCUAACGGGACCAAAUUUAACCAACAGUUUGUUAGGCGUACUGCUGCGUUUCAGGAAGGAUGAAUGUGCAAUUACAGCGGACAUUGAACAGAUGUUCUACAGAUUCUUUGUCAUACCUGAGCAUAGAGACUUUCUGCGGUUCUUCUGGUUUGAAGACAAUGACCCCAAUUCUCCAAUGGUUGAGUAUCGUAUGACGGUGCAUGUUUUCGGAAAUCGGCCGUCCCCUGCCAUAGCCACUUAUGGACUGAGAAAAGCAGUGCAAGAAGCUGAUGUUGAUGUCAGAGAGUUUAUUAACUGUAAUUUCUAUGUGGAUGAUGCACUGAAAUCUACAACCUUACCUGAAGCAGCUGUGAGUUUACUGGAACGCACCAAAAGAGUCUUACAGAAUGAAGGCCACAUCCGACUGCACAAAAUCGCAUCGAACAACAAGAGCGUGAUGUCUCAAUUUUCUAAGGAAGACCUUGGUAAGGAUCUCAAGGACUUAGAUUUGAGUGACGAUGCAUUGCCCUUACAACAGAGUCUGGGUUUAUCUUGGGACUUGAAUACGGACAAUUUUGUUUUCACAGCCCCUAAACUGAAUAGUUCAUUCACAAGGAGAGGAUUGCUUUCAGCAGUUAGCAGCAUUUUCGAUCCCAUAGGAUUUUUGGCACCCUUCACUGUUAACGGAAGAAUGUUAUUGAGAGAAACUUGUCCACAAGGCUUUGACUGGGAUGAUCAACUUCCUGAAACACAUCAGAAACGUUGGCAGAAUUGGAUGGAUGACCUGAAUCUGUUAGAUGGAUUUCAAAUUCCCAGAAUGUAUGUACCAAGUUCUUACAGUCAGAUGAAGGUACGGGAAGUAGCCAUCUUUUCUGAUGCUUCAGAGAAGGCGGUAGCUGCGGCUGCUUAUCUGAAGACAAUGGAUGACCAGGGUCAACAACGUUUGGGGUUCAUUAUGGGCAAAUCCAAAUUGGCGCCUUCAGCUGGAAACAGUAUACCGCGCUUAGAGCUCUGCGGGGCAGUUUUGGCGACAGAAAUUGGGCAAUUCCUUGCAGAACAGCUUGAGAUACCUCUGACUGAGAUGAGAUAUUUUGUGGAUAGCAGGGUUGUUCUUGGUUACAUAAAGAAUGACACACGGAGGUUUUACACCUAUGUUAGCAAUAGGGUAGCCAGGAUUCGUCACAUUACCUCACCAGAACAAUGGAAUUAUGUGCCGACCCACUUAAAUCCUGCAGAUGUUGCUACAAGGGGUGUGUCACAAGACAUUUUGACGGCCAUACAAACAUGGCUGAAAGGACCCGAGUACAUCUUAAAAAACAGAGAGACAUUAGAAGAAAUGUUUCCACUCAUUGAACCAGAUUUAGAUAAGGAAAUCCGUCCAGUACAGGUGCUACAGACCACCGUCUCAACAUACUUACCACUGGAUGAACGAUUCUCAAGAUUCUCAACAUGGAAAGGGCUCGUUAAUGCGAUUGCCAUCUUGAAACACAAUGCACGGUGUCGCAAUAAAGGAAACGACUCAUCUUGCAAAGGAUGGCAUUGGUGUCAGGAAGCAAUAGUUCCAGCCACACUUAAAGAGGCAGAGAAAUUUGUGAUUAAGACAGUACAACAAAAACACUACUACAAGGAGAUCAACAAUCUGAGACUAGGGUUGUCACUCAACAAGGGGAGUCACAUCAUAUCACUCUCACCUUACUUAGACGAAGAUGGUCUGGUGAGGGUUGGUGGCCGAUUAAAUCACCUUCGAGAUAGUCUGGGACUCGCAUCUACGAAUCCUAUCAUCAUACCUAAGGGAGUUGUAGCAACGCUUCUCGUGAAGCAUUUCCAUGAAAAAACCUUCCACCAGGGCCGAAAAUUUACAGAAGGAAAGAUACGCUCAAAUGGUUUCUGGAUUAUAGGAGCAAAGAGAAUCAUUACAUCUCUAAUUGGAAAGUGUGUCUUAUGUCAGAAACUCAGGGGAAAGAUGCUAGAACAGAAGAUGUCAGAUUUGCCGACAGAUCGUCUGGUUCCUGGACCGCCCUUCACAGCUGUCGGCGUGGAUACCUUUGGGCCAUGGGACAUCACAACUCGGAAAACACGGGGUGGAGUCGCUCAAAGUAAGCGUUGGGCAGUCAUUUUCACCUGUUUAACGACUCGUGCAGUGCACAUCGAGCUAAUCGAAGAAAUGAGCAGCUCUAGUUUCAUAAAUGCUUUGAGGCGAGUGACGGCAGUCAGAGGGCCAAUCAAAAUCUAUAGAUCGGAUCGAGGGACGAACUUUGUGGGUGCGACGGAUCAGAUUGGUAUCGACUCAAUCAAUGUGGAAGAUGCUCAACUAAAGUCUCAUCUAAACAACUCAAGAUCAGUCUGGAUAUUUAAUGCACCCCACUCCUCCCACAUGGGAGGAGUGUGGGAAAGAAUGAUAGGCGUUACUCGGAGAAUUUUAGAUGGAAUACUAGUUCAACAGAAGGCCAAGACUUUAACCCAUGAAAUUCUGUCCACACUGAUGACAGAAGUGUCUGCUGUGAUAAAUUCCAGACCAAUCUCAGCUAUUUCAUCUGACCCAGAGACACCCUUAAUAUUGAGCCCAAACAUUCUUCUCACUCAGAAACAAGGUGAAGAUUCCCUUAUGUUCUCAGAACAACUCUCACUGAAGGAUGUCUAUAGAGCAGACUGGAAACACGUUCAAGUACUCUCAGAUCUCUUUUGGAGAAAGUGGAAGGAUACCUACUUGAAUGAACUACAACAACGCAGAAAGUGGCACGACAAGAAACCGAAUGUAAAACCUGGUGACGUCGUACUCGUCAAGGAUGCAAGCCUCGUUCGUUACCAGUGGCCCAUUGGAGUAGUAGAAGAAGCCAUAAAGAGUGACGAUCAGUUGGUCCGCAAGGCUGUUAUCCGAGUACAUCGCGAUGGAAAAAAUGUGUUGUAUACUAGACCUAUCAAUGAGCUUGUUUUGUUAUUAGAUGAUUAGUCAGUGUAUGCUAAGUAAAUAUAGGAGUUUUUAGUUUAGAUUGUUAUAUCUUAAGAUAUAAGACGGGGAGUGUGUUGUCACAUUUUUUAGCAAUCCGGAAUUAUCAAAACUUGAUGUGUUGGUUUCAUUUUUAUAUCAAUUCCACAUUUUCCUUUCCUUAUUGUUGAUUGGCUCGCAGCUUCUUACCAUACCUGUUUACCUCGUUCUCUGCAACUUGGACGCACAAUGGAAUCUAACCAUUUCCACUUCAUUGCUAUGAUCAACAUCAUCAUUAUGUACAUGGAGCAAUAAACGGUUAAACUUACUGCUAUACUUGCAUUUUAUUGGACGUGGGCAAUAGGCAGUACA